AUGACUCCCGAUCCACUGCAAGAAGGAUCGCAACAACUGGAAAACUUGUGCAGAACACUACAAAGGUGCGGUUUCAACGUUCGGAGCAUCUGGUUGCAGAUUACGUCACCAAUUAAUUGGCCAGAUACUCCUAGAAAGAAUGUUGAGUUUAUCGACCGAGUGAUUGCUAAAGCCAGUGAAUUUGGCAUCGCACUUGGAAUAUACACAAAUCAUUAUGAUUGGAAGCAAAUUACGGGUGGAAAUAUUAGCAUGGACAAAGUUAGAAUGCUUUGGUAUUGGAGCGUACCACAAGUGGGACCAGAUGCUGAGGAUCAUCCGAAUUUUGACAAUUUCCGUCAAUUUGGACCAUGGAAGACUCCAGCCGCAAAG